AUGGCGAUAGAAUCAGAGACUGAUAAUUCUGAAACUGUCGCAUCAAAUGUGACAAUUUUGAAAUGUUUGCAAGAAAAAGGAAUUUAUUAUAAGCAAGUUAUAGGUAAGGGGACAUUUUCAUCGGUUAGAUGUGCAUGGCAUAGUGAAAUGAAAAAAAAUGUUGCACUUAAAAUUAUUGAUACAAGCUCAAAUUCUGAUUUCAUAGUACGUUUUCUACCACGUGAAAAAAUUAUCGUUCAGCAAUUGAACCAUGCAAAUAUUAUUAAAAAUUUUGAAAUCAUAAAUGAGGAACCGUAUGUAUGCUUUGUUCAAGAAUAUGCUAUGCACGGUGAUCUCUUACAAAAAAUCAAGAAAAAUAAUUGGAUCGAUGAGGAUGAGGGUCGAUUUUAUUUUCGACAACUUAUUGAAGCACUUACGUAUUUGAAAUCAAUCAGUAUAGCACAUCGUGAUAUCAAGUGUGAAAAUGUAUUAUUGGACAGUUGUGAUAAUGUUAAACUUGGCGAUUUUGGCUUUGCUCGAUUUAUGAAAGCUGAUGAAGUGUCGCAUACAUUUUGUGGAUCUCGAGCUUAUGUUGCACCUGAAUUAUUGAGGUCAUAUCCAUAUAACGGUUUCCUGGCAGAUAUUUGGAGUACAGGUAUAUUGCUAUAUGUUAUGGUUACCGGAUUUAUGCCAUAUGAUGAUCGAAAUAUCGAUAAAAUGCUUGAAAAACAAUUGCAACACCGGAUUACAUUUCCACGUCGUCGUAAUUUGAGUGCUGAAGUAAAAGAACUUAUCUAUGCUAUGGUACAUCCGGUACCAUUAAAACGACGACCAUAUGACGAAAUUAUCAAAUCGUCAUGGCUUGCUGAUAUAAAGUACGAACUUCGCACAGAACCAUUUUCUCAAAACUCUGAUAAAAUCACAUCGUAA